AUGCACAUUGAAGAGAUCAUUCUGGACGGCUUCAAGUCGUACGCAACGCGUACGGUCGUAAGCGGGUUCGAUCCUCGUUUUAAUGCCAUUACGGGACUCAAUGGUAGCGGCAAAUCGAACGUGCUGGACGCCAUCUGCUUUGUACUGGGUAUCACCAACCUAUCGCAGGUGCGGGCCAAUAAUCUGCAGGAGCUCGUAUACAAACAGGGUCAAGCAGGCGUGACAAAAGCCAGUGUGACCAUUGUGUUUAACAAUCAGGACGCCAAGGCCUCACCUGUGGGCUAUGAGCAAUACGAGCAGAUCUCCGUGGCGCGGCAGGUCGUGAUUGGUGGCCGCAAUAAGUACCUCAUCAAUGGCCACACAGCCCAAGUGAGUCAGGUGCAAAACCUCUUUCACUCGGUACAGCUCAAUGUGAACAAUCCACACUUUCUCAUCAUGCAAGGUCGUAUCACUAAAGUACUUAACAUGAAGCCACCUGAGAUCCUUGGCAUGAUCGAGGAAGCGGCUGGCACGAGGAUGUACGAGAACAAGAAGCUAGCUGCACUCAAGACCAUGACCAAGAAGGAGAAGAAGGUCGACGAGAUUAACAGCAUCCUGGCCAAUGAAAUUACUCCCACGCUCGAAAAACUGCGGGCUGAAAAGACGCACUACUUGAAGUGGGCGGCCAAUAACACGGAGAUGGAGCGGCUACAAAGGUUCUGUGUCGCCAAUGAUUACCAAAAGGCGCAGGACGCGCUGAAUAAUACUGCACAGCAUGUGGAAAAGAUGCAGCAGGCCCAGCGAGCAGCCAAGGAGCAAGAAGCGCAGAUUGAACAGGAGAUUGAACAGGUGGAAAAUGAAGUUGAAGUACUUCAUCAACAGAGAGAGAAAGAGAUGGGCAAGGAGUUUCAGCAAUUGAAGAACAAUGUGGAAAAGAUCAGCAAGGAAGUGGUCAAGUUCACCACCAAGUUGAAACACUGCAAAGCCUCCAUCGAGCAACAAGUGAACGCGGAAGCAGGUAUGAAUGAUCAACAAGCAGAGACCAAACAGGUUAUGGCUAAGCUAGCCAAGGAUAUUGAAAAGGCCAAGGGGAAAGUAAAUCGAAUCGAGGAGACUUACACAGCCAAGGAGACAGAGACAAACGACUACUUGCGCCAGAUUCAGGCGCUGAAUGCUGGUAUGGAGCAGAGUGGAGACAGCGAUGAGUCUCUAUCUGAGCGUCUUGCGUCAAAGCAGCGGGAAUUGCAGGAGAGCAACACUGCGAUCAAACAGAUUAACCUAAAGCUAAAGCACAUGGAAGAAAGUAUCAAACAAAAGCGUCAUGAAAUUAAGCAGACCCGCAUGAACAACCUCAGUCUGGACGAAGAGCGUAAGCUCAAGAUUGGUGAGCUGGAGCAUAUGCAGCGCAAGGUUGAUCGGCUCACAAACAGUUUCAACUCUGAAGAAGAGCGUAAACUUCAAGACCGCGUUCGUGAGCUACAAGAGAAGAUCGCGCGUGGUGAGAGGGAUGCGGAUGAGAUUUCGUCUGGGUUGUCAUCCCGGUUGGAUUUCAAGUACACGGACCCUUACCGUAACUUCAACCGAGAAAGCGUCAUGGGUGUACUGAUCAACCUGCUCGAGACGAAGCACGAGUGGUCUGCACUUGCUCUAGAAAUUGCUGCAGGCGGAAAACUGUACCAGGUUGUGGUGGACAAUGAGAAGACCGCAAAGGACAUUCUCAAGUUUGGCCGUCUCAUGACCCGCGUCACAAUCAUUCCGCUUAACCGCAUUUCGCGCAAGACGGUGGAUCGUCGUAAAGUGGACAAAGCCCGACAGGUUGCCCAGCAGCAGGAUGGGAAAGUGUGGGAAGCGAUGGAAUUGAUUCACUUCAAGCCAGACCUUCUUCCAGCGAUGCAGUACGCUUUUGGUUCCUCUAUAAUAUGUGAAACAAGCGAACUUGCAAAGAACGUUACGUUCCACAGGGAUAUUAAAGUCAAGACAGUGACUCUCGAUGGCGAUUCUUACGACCCAGCAGGCACGCUUCAAGGAGGUUCUGCGCCAUCCAGUGGUACUCCAGUCCUUCUAAGGCUCCAUCAACUGAUCAACCGUACCCGGGAACUUAGCGAUAUGCGACGAGAUUAUCAGGAUUGUUCUCGCGCCCUAGAUGACAUGAAGCAGGAUUCUGGCCACUUUCGCCAGUUAAAACACCAGAUUGAGCUGAAGGAGCACGAGCUGCGCUUGCUUGACGAGCGUAUUGCCGAUAGUGUCUUUGCCCAGCUGGAACGUGACGUUGCUGCUUCCGAAGCGCAGUACGCUCAGGAUAAAGAACUCUUGAUUACUAAAAAAGAGGCGGUUGUUAAGCUAACAAACGAGGUAAAGAUCCUGGGCAAUGACAUCGCCAACUUGAAGGAGUCGCGUCAAUCAACGAUAGUUGUUCUGGAGAAGCGAUUUGCAGAGGCUAAAAAGGAGACCCAAAAGAUCGGUAUGCACCUCAAGACUGCGCAGCAGGAACUAUCCGAGCUGGUGCUGGAAUCGGAAUCUGCCGAGCAGGAGCUGACAGGUAACAACGAAAGCGUAUCUGGUAUUCAAGAAGAGCUUGCUGCGCUUCGUAAAGAGGAGAAGAAGGUGGAAGACAAGCUUGCUGAAAUCGAGGAUACUUACAAAAAGGCUUCCGGAAAACUGGAAGAGCGACGUAGCGACUUGACUCUGUGUGACCAGCAGCUUAAGGAGCUAAGUGCUCGUCAGAGUGCUCUCUCAAAAAGAAGAAGUGACCUAGAGAUUGAACGCAAAAAGGCGGAGCAUAAAAUUUCUCGGAUGGCCAAGGACGAAAGCGAUGCCAAGAUGAUGGUAAAGAAGUUGGAGAAGGCACACCCCUGGAUUGAAACUGAGAAGGAAUUUUUUGGACGCGAACACACUGACUAUGACUUCCAGCGACGGGAUCCAUCGAGCGCGAAUCGCCGUCUAUUAGAAUUAAAGGAAACCCAGGGCGCUCUGUCUAAGAAGAUAAACAAAAAAGUCAUGGGAAUGAUUGAGAAGGCUGAGCAGGAGUACCAAGGCCUGAUGAAUAAGCGUCAUAUCAUCGAGAACGACAAAGAGAAAAUUACAUCAGUCAUCAAGGAGCUUGACGCGAAAAAAAACGAGGCUCUCCAGACAACGUGGGUGAAGGUAAACAAGGACUUUGGUUCCAUCUUCGGCACGCUACUGCCUGGAACGCAUGCAAAGCUGGACCCGCCUACAAAUGGGACCAUUCUCGAUGGACUUCAAGUGCGCGUUUCGUUUGGUGGCGUGUGGAAGGAGAGCUUGACGGAGCUGAGUGGUGGUCAGCGCUCACUACUUGCUUUGUCUCUCAUUUUGUCGCUCUUGCUGUUCAAGCCGGCACCAAUGUACAUUCUGGACGAAGUUGAUGCUGCUCUAGAUCUGUCGCACACCCAAAAUAUUGGCCAGAUGAUUCGGUCACACUUUUCGCAUUCACAAUUCAUCGUGGUAUCACUCAAAGAGGGCAUGUUCAACAAUGCCAAUGUGGUCUUCCGAACCAAAUUUGUUGAUGGUGUGUCGACGGUCACUCGUACGGUUCCGAAAUCACGUGCUCGGUAA